AUGGCACCUAUCGCCGAUAAAGCAGUUUUAUUUGGGUCCCAUUUGCAAUCUCUUGAUAGUUUCAACGAUGUUUUAGAGGACACACUCAAUAUUCCCAAAUUUUUGUGCCAGUACUGGAAUUCAGAUGCAUUUAGCAAAGAUAUUUCGAAAGAAGAGUUUGGUGACACAGCCGUACAACUCUUGGAAUAUUUUAUUCAAACAAAUUACACUGGCCCUUUCCUUCCUAUUGAUCCAGUUCAGUGGCUUCCUGCAACUCUCCGUAACCACGAGAAACUCCAUGCAUCUGUCUUGGAAGCUUUAACUGAAGAAGGGGAACGUCCUUAUCAUCUGACACCCAAACUUUUAUUCAUAUUGCUUGCACAAACUUUGUUUGAAUUUGCUCAAAGUUCCAACCCUAUUCAUAUCUGGCACCGUAUUCGUUUGGACUUUAUUCACCAACAGCUACUCAGAAGUCAUGUUUCAGUUCUCUUUAAUCGAAUCACGGAAUAUGUGCAAUUAUUGAAUGACUAUAUUCAAACACAAGACCAAGAUACACAAGGUCGUUUUGCAAUGGAGCUUGGAUUGAUUCAAUCCUAUUACGAUCGGGAUACUGCUGCGUUGCAAUUAUUGAAAGAUUCUGGCAAUAUUAUGGGCUUCAAUUUUGAACUUACCGGUGCCCCGGGCAGAAGAACUAAAUUUCAAACAUUUGACACCUCGCAAUUAGUUGUUUUGGCAAAAUCUCGCGAUCGUACUUCAGGAACAAAGCCUUCUGAACAAUCCAAGUCACAACCUAAAACAUUUAAUUUGGAUGAUGACACCUUGUUGGAGAGAGUAAGUUUUAAGGAGGAUUCAAUGAGUUUGGCGGCUCAAGAGAACGUGAACCCUUUACUGGCAACGGAAGACCCAAAUCAUCCGUCGCAAUUGCAUCCUUUAGAUGCUUCUCUUUUACUAGCUUUUUGCCACAUUAUUAAGAACAACAAUCCCGAUGAUGGUUUAACACGCGAGGAAAUGUCUCCGUACGCUGAGCGAGUGUUAGUCCACCCAAUUAACUGGUCAGUUUAUACCAUGGGCCUCUUAGUCCGUGCUCGACUUGAAGGAUUUAAAAGUAGAACUGUUGAAAGAAGUGUUUUACAGAUGCAAGCUUUGUUUGAUCAGCUUAAUGAUCAACUUAGCUCUGGCGCUUCUGCUGAUGGUGCAGACCAACAAAACACUACUGGAUCAUUUUUACCAAAACCAAAAGAAGAAGGUGAAAAUGCUUCUUUGCAAGAACGUUUAGCUUAUUUCUAUAGUCUACGUAUGCCUUCUCGUUGGCAAUUGGAAGCUGAACUUGCUGAACGCUUUGUUUCUGUGGGUGCUACUAGGUCUGCAUUGGAAAUUUUUGAACGCUUACAGAUGUGGGACCGUGUUGUCGUUUGUCAAUGCUCACUUGAUCGUAGAGAUUUAGCUGUACAAGUUAUCGAGAGACAGUUAAGUAUUGACCCGAAAGAACAUUUAUUGCGUACUAUGCUCGGAGAUAUUCAAAAUGAACCUAAGCAUUAUAUAGAAGCCUGGGAACUUUCCGGCGAACACUACGCUCCUGCUCAGCGGUCGUUGGGACGCUAUUAUUUUAAACAAGGUGAGAUGAUGAAAGCUAUGAAUGCUUUCUACAAAUCUCUUCGUAUCAAUCCUUUGUCGCAUCCUACUUGGUUUACCUAUGGAUGUGCUGCUUUAGGUGUGAAGAAUUAUGAUGCUGCAAUGGAAGCUUUUACACGUUGUCUAUCAAUUAGUCCAGAAGAUGGAGAAAGCUGGAAUAAUUUAGCAAGCGCAAUGUUGAAGGCAAACAGCCAUUCCAAGAAAGAAGCCUGGCAUACUAUACAACAGGGUCUGAAGUACAUGUAUGACAGCUGGCGCGUUUGGGAAAAUUAUAUGUUAAUUUCUGUCGAUGUGAAUCAGUGGACAGAAGUUAUCCGCGCCCUUCGCCGAAUUAUAGAAAUUAAAAGUAAAGCUGCAGGUGAGAAAGCUGUUGAUGUUGAGUGCUUGGAUCUAGUUGUUAGUCAUGUGAUGCAAACUUGUGAUGAUGAUUCAGCCGGUAUCGCGAAGAUGUUGAACGAAUUAAUUAGAAUCAUUAUUCCUCUAAUUACGAAUGACACUCGACUUUGGAAGACUAUAGCUCGUUAUAGCCUUUGGAAGAGAAAGUAUGCAGAGUCCUUGGAUGCUACUAUCAAGUCUUAUAGAAUUUUGAUAUCCAGUCCAAAUAUCACAACGGAUGAAGCUACUUGGAACAAAACGGUAGAAGAUGCAUUAGAGCUGGUAGAGGCAUAUGAGAAUCUCGGCGAAAAACCUGGAAGAAUGGGUGGUGUAGUCGCAAAGGAUUGGAAAUUUAAAUCUCGAAGCGUUUUACGUUCUUUACUGGGCACAGGCAAAGAUUCAUGGUCUGAAACAGAAUCGUAUCAGAAGAUCGUAGACACUCUCAAAGAACUUAGGUAA